AGUAGACGCAGAUACCCAGGCAUGCUGCAAGGAGGCCCAAAAUCUGCUGCAGCGGCAUGAAGCCGCCAUCAUCGAAAGACUCUAAGUAUUGGCACUUUGAACCAUCCGAGGGGCACGGCGACGCAACACCGGAGGAGCAGCACAAGGAGUUCUUCUCCAAACUCGUGACACGGUUGGUCUACACUUGUAACUACCAACAGUCCGAGUUAGAGAAGCAGAACCAGGAACUGCAGCAACAGUACCAGGACCUAAAAAAACAGCACCAGGAGUUGGCGAACCUCCGCCGGACAGUGCAGAGCCACGAGGAUGCUACACGGGCACUCAAUUCCCAUGUACUGGACUUGGAGCAAGCUGCACCAGGACCAGAUGCUGGUGUGUCCAGCAGUGCACCCUCUAAACGCCAACUGGCGGAACGCGUCGACCACGUCGUCGCAAUGCUCGGCGACAUCAGCACCUUUGUUGAGCCGACCACCAUGAACAAUCAGCUGGAUACCUUGAAGACCGAGAUCUGGUUAACCCACCUGGCAGCCACCCACGGCGUCGACAUCGCAGAUCUGAAAGACAAGAUCUCAUGGGAAGAGUUAACACGGCUGUGGAAGAAGUGGUUCAUCGUGGACGACGCACCUGCACUCGCCAUCAACCGUCUCUUCAGCAUGACACAAGGCAACACAGCAACACGUGACUGGCUCACGGAAUGGCAGAAGAUCGCGGCAACGCCCGAUCUCGACCUGCCAUUUACGCAUCUGUGCCGUGAGUUCUACAACAGGUCAUGCGCUGCAUCGAGCCUUGCUCUUGGUGAUCACGAGCAGUAUGCAACCUUCGCUGAGAUCAUUGAGAAGGCGAGGGAGAUCAUCAAGACCAACAGGGCGGCUGCACAUGAGAAGUCAGCGUGGCAGCCAACCUAUGUGGAGAAGGUGAAAACUGGUCCGCGACCGCAGCAGUUCGCUGCAGUCCAAUCGGACAACAUUGUGGAAGACCCGGCAGCCACCCAAGCGUCACUUGAGGGAGAUCAGGUGGCUGCUGUCCAACCGCGAAGCAACAAGAAGUCCCGAGGAAACGGGAAGGCGAAAACCGCAUCGCCGGCCGGAAACGGACAGCCAGCACCAUGGGUCAAGUUUCACUUGACCGAGGCGGAAUACAAGUGGCGCGGCCGCUACGGCUGCUGCUAUUGGUGCAACAGCAGCACCAAGCACAAGACCUCCCUCUGCCAGGAUCAGGGCAAGGAGGAUGUUCGGCCUCUACCAACUCCUUUGAUGGACGCCGGAGUAGAGGUUGUCGACCUUCACGCCUGCAUUGCGAAGAUCGACCGCGAGUUCAAGACGCAACGCCAAGACUUUAUGGUACGCGCCGACCUUGGCCCACGCGUCCGGAGGAAGUCCCAGCCGACGCAAGUCACGUUGGCGGACGGUCACACGCACAAGUCAAUAGACCGGUGCAUUGAUGACGUCCCCGCGUACUUUGCCCCGCACGCGAGCGAGGCGGUGUCCUUCGAUAUUUUGGACACCAAAUUCGAUAUGAUCUUGGCCAUGUCAUGGCUGCGAAGCGAGGAUCACCCGGUGAACUUACCCCGCCGCACCGUUCACGUUCGUGAUCGGAACGGAGUACUAGUCCCAUGCACGGUAGCUCCUCCUCACCCUUCAAUCAGCUGUCACGUGGUGUCCGCCGCAAGCAUGCGAGCUUCCAUCAUCAGAGACGACAUCGAGGAGAUGGGGGUGUGUUUUCUCCACGCCCUCCCGCCCCAUGACGCUUCAUCGACAGACCCAUCUUCGGAUCCACGCAUCACCGAGCUGAUCGACGCCUACGGCGAGGUGUUCGAAGGCCCGCACGGAGUAGUACCGGAUCGGCCCAUCCGCCACGAGAUCAUCCUCGAGGACAGGGCCGUACCUCCGCGCGGUUGCAUCUACCGAAUGAGCGAGGAAGAGUUAAGUGUGCUUUGGACACAACUCGACGACCUUCUGGAGAAAGUCUGGAUUCGGCCUAGCUCAUCGCCAUACGGUGCUCCUGUUCUCUUCGUCUGGAAGAAGAACAAGGAUUUGCGGUUGUGCAUCUAUUAUCGCAAACUCAACGCACGAACGAUCAAAAACGCCGGCCCUCUCCCACGCAUCGAUGACCUUCUCGAACGACUGGGCCGCGCCAAGUUCUUCUCCAAGCUGGACCUCAAGUCGAGAUAUCACGAACUCGAGAUUCGGAAGGAGGAUCGCUACAAGACCGCGUUUAAGACGCGAUAUGGGCAUUUCGAAUGGCUCGUUAUGCCAUUUGGCCUUAUGAAUGCCCCGACCACUUUCCAAGCGGCUAUGACAACGGAGUUCCGACACAUGCUGGAUCGAUUCGUACUUAUCUACCUUGACGACAUCCUGGUGUACAGCUGGAGUUUGGACGAGCAUGUGGAACACCUGCGCACCGUUUUGGAGCGGCUACGACAAGCCAAGUACAAAGCCAACCGCGACAAAUGCAAAUUCGCGCAGCAGGAGCUGGAGUACUUGGGACAUUAUGUGACGCCGCAAGGCAUCCGUCCGCUCGCGGACAAGAUUGAGGCCCUCCGCAAAGAUUGGGUUGACCGCCUCCCCGACAUCGAGUUCGCCUACAACAUUUCGGUGCACCCGACGAUCGGCGUGACUCCAUUCGAGUUGCGCCACGGUGGACGGAAAGGCCGCAUCUUCGCCGACCUUCUCCUCCCACGACCAGCCGACAUCGACGCCGCUUGCUCUCCCGCUUACGUCCGGAAGUACAGGGAAUUGCUGGCUCAAGCCCGCGCGAAUAUGCAAAAGGCUCAAGUCCGCAUGCAGCAGCAAGCCAAUAGGCAUCGCGUGCCAUGUCCCAUCCGCGCCGGUGAUCUGGUUUGGGUCUCCACGGAAGAGUUUGCACUGGAACAGGACGUUUCACGCAAACUACUUCCCAAGUGGUUUGGACCAUGGUCCGUAACAGCAGCCGCGAGCGAUGAGCCCGAUGUCCCUUCAUUUGUGAUCAACAUCCCCGCGCAUCUGACAGUCUAUCCAGUCUUUCACGCCUCGAAGCUGGCAACAUAUACACCAGCUAAGAGCGACGACUUCCCGGGCCGACGAUCGCAGGACCCUCCAUCUAUGGAUGGUCAUCAGGAAGUUGACCGCGUCAUCACGGAUCGCAAGUACGGCAACAAGCCUCACGAGUACAAAGUUACAUUCAGAGCAUGCGAUCCCGACGACACUCGAUGGAUUUCAGGAACAGAUUUGAAAGCGUCCGCACCGCUGAUCUACGCUCACUACGAGCGACAAAGGUUAGCUCAGGGACCUUCACAACCUGCCCCUCCCACCCGGAAUGUGGUCCUUCCCUCAGACAGACAGCUUCGCCCUCGCAGAACUGCAUGGCAUUCAGAAAAGUCACUGGGACUCGUGCUUCUCAUCCAAGAGGACGAGAAACUCGUUCCCUUGAGCAUCUUUGACCAUGAAAAGUACAUUGAAGACGAAGCUGGAGCUAUGGCGCCACAUCAAGCCGAAAUGAAGAAACAAGAGGAAGCCAAACUCGAGUUCAAGAAGACGAUGCGAUUGCAUAUGGCGGUAUGUAUGGGAGGACUGCGAGAGAUGUUCCGAACCAUUGUCAAAGGGAAGCAACGCGCUACUUCUCCAACGCAAUCAUCAUCAGGAUCACAAGGAUCCUACACAAGUGGAAGGACCGCUAGCGAGAUUGAGGAGAUAAGUCACAAGGCAAAAGAUUUAACGAUUAACGAGAAGAGGAAGCGCAGUCCGGAUAGGCUGAUAGGCAACAGCCCACCGAUGGAGCAGCCACCGAAGUGGACACCAAGGAAGACCACGGUGAAGCCGGUGAAGCUAGCCAAUAGGCUACAAGCAGCAACUGCGAAGAGAACUACGAAGAUAAAGAAGCAGGGAGGCGAAGGGAAUACGAGCCCGAUUCGGUAUACACCGCGAAGAGGCACUCCCAAGACUUGGAUAUCAGCUAAGACUGGAUCAGCAGGGAAGGCUAAAUUCGUAGUUGAGAACUUGAGACAGCUCGCGGACUUCCACACCGAUGACCUCAAAAGACUAUGGGACGAGAAGAACACUCACCUGUAUUGCUGGUGGCGAGUGUUCGGAUCCGAAUCCUACAUGAUGCUACCGAUCGACGAAGAAGCAACGCACAACUUGGUUGACCUUGAACAACUGUACAUAAAAAAGUGGUCGCCAGCGUUCAAUGUGAGCGGUGUGAACAAGAAAUCGCGAAGGAAAAAUAAACAGCGGAAAGGGAAGAAGGAACAACAACGAGCAAGGAGCGGUGAGCCGCUAAGCAAGGGUGAAGGUAGUGUUCUGGAGGUAAUCAAGUUUCGAUUGUCGGAGGCAGAUGAAUGGCACGUCGACGCUCUCAAGGUUCUGGAUGAUGCCGAACAAAGGAAGAUGAGGACACUGCACCUAUACUCUACAGGAGGCAACAGUUGGAUCAAAGGAUGGAAGAAAGUGAAGAAUACAUACGGCGCAACUACUGUUGAGAUCGCAGGCCAAACAACGAAACUGGCAAAAUGCAAAGCCGAUAUAGAGCAAGGUCGUACUAUCAUCAUCAAGCACCUCCGUAAGUGGAGACCGAAGAGUGGGCCAGAUAAGAAGACCCUCACAAGGCUAUUACGUAAUCCGAGAAGGAUUCAUGAUUUAGGAGCGGUCAACACAAAAGUUUUGUUCCGGUGGUACAAAGCAGCAAAAGAUUUCCAACAGAAGUCAACUCGUUCCUAUCUGAGGCGGAUGUUAUCUCGCGCAAUUAAGGAAAAGACCGGAUGGUGUAUGGGAGCGGACUUAACAGUGAAGAUUAGGUACGACGAUCGUGUGAAGUUAGCGGAGGUCAGGAAAGUUGUCAACGACAAGAUUGAUGUGCUCGGACUACCGGAGUGCAUGCGAAACCAUCCGAGUCGACGAAGAUUGCUAAGCAAGGAGAUCGAAGAAGCAUUCGGACAUUGGAAGAACAGAGGGGACACGGUCGUGCGUGUUACGGAGCAGGAAGUUAAGAUUUGCAUGACGGGAAAUGUGGAGAGUGGGAGUGACUUUUUGGACGUUGAAGUGGUAAAAGCCACGAAGAAGAGAUUUCAGGGCCUAGUGCUGACACCCCUAGACAGGAACCCAGGGGAGACCUACGUUAUGUGGCCCUACAUCUACUACGAGGCCAUGGUGGAGAAUUUUGUGACGAAUCCAAUGCUACAUUGCCACAUCAGCACAAUGACACGUCAGCAGGCCACGUCAGCAGGCCACGUCAGCAGUGACACGUCAACAAUGACAUGUCAGCAGGCCAUGUCAGCAGUGCCGCAUCAGCACCGUCCACACAUGGCUUCUGUCCUUCGACCAGCGCCCAGCAUGAUGGAACGCAAGGACAAUGAGUUUGACAAGGACUACGAGGCCAGGCUGGCCAACACGAUGCUCGAGCUUAAGCAAAGAGCAGAUGCGGCACUUGUCGUUUGGGAGAAGAGAGAAAGGGAAGUCGAGGAACAAUGUCGCCUUGCUGAGCUACACCAGCAAGCGCACGACGACGCAGCACGACAGGCUGCAGACAAAGCACGACAAGCGCGUUGGGAUGCAUUAUUCGAGGAGGAGGCCAAAGUCUUGACCUUUGCCACCAACUGGGACACGUUGGCCAAGGAGGAGGGUGCCUCCGCGAUCGUAUGCAGUUUCUCCACGGUCAUAAAGUGAAUCAUGGACUUGGUGGCUGCUUGCAUGGCCCAGCAAGAGGAGAUCCUCACAUUGGACCUGCACGUGCAGUAUUGCUCAGUCGC